CGGCUGGCCGCCAUCUUGUUGUUGAUCCGUACCCAGUGGGCUGCGCCGGGAGGUGGACCGAGCGGCCGCUGCGGGGCCGCUGCUGCGGGGCUCAGCCGCCUGUGCUGCCUGCCAGGGGCGGGCCGAAACCUGGAGGCCCGGGGGGCCCAGCUCCCGUGGGGAGCCUUGGGCGCCCGCUGUCCGGGCCGGGCCGGACAGAAUAAUAAGCUGAGUGGACUCUAACCAUUGGCCUUCAACUUGCCAGAGCCUUCUACCUAGCUCUCCUUUUGUGGCCCAUGUGCUGCAUCCUCUGCCCUCAGUGUGCAACUGGGCCCCAACGCAAUGUGUGUUUGUCAAACCAUGGAAGUGGGGCAGUAUGGCAAGAACGCAAGUCGGGCCGGAGACCGGGGAGUUCUCCUGGAGCCCUUCAUCCACCAGGUGGGUGGACACAGCAGCAUGAUGCGCUACGACGACCACACUGUGUGCAAGCCCCUCAUCUCCCGGGAACAGCGCUUCUACGAGUCCCUCCCUCCUGAAAUGAAGGAGUUCACCCCUGAAUACAAAGGUGUAGUAUCUGUCUGUUUUGAGGGGGACAGUGAUGGUUACAUCAACUUGGUGGCCUACCCUUAUGUGGAAAGUGAGACCAUGGAGCAGGAUGACACAUCAGAACGGGAGCAACCUCGGCGCAAACAUUCCCGCCGGAGCUUGCACCGGUCAGGCAGUGGAAGUGACCAUAAGGAGGAGAAAGCUAUUCUCUCCCUUGAGACCUCUGAGAGCUCCCAGGAGGCAAAGAGUCUGAAGGUAGAACUACACAGCCACUCAGACGUCCCUUUCCAGAUGCUAGAUGGCAAUAGUGGUCUGAGUUCUGAGAAGAUCAGCCACAACCCCUGGAGCCUGCGUUGUCACAAGCAGCAACUGAGUCGCAUGCGCUCUGAAUCCAAGGACCGAAAGCUCUACAAAUUUCUCCUGCUUGAGAAUGUGGUACACCACUUCAAGUACCCCUGUGUGCUAGACUUGAAGAUGGGCACCCGGCAGCAUGGGGACGACGCAUCAGCUGAGAAGGCAGCCCGACAGAUGAGGAAGUGUGAGCAGAGCACAUCUGCUACACUGGGAGUCAGAGUCUGUGGCAUGCAGGUGUACCAGCUGGACACAGGGCAUUACCUCUGCAGGAACAAGUACUAUGGCCGUGGGCUCUCCAUUGAAGGCUUCCGCAAUGCCCUCUAUCAGUACCUGCACAAUGGCCUGGACCUGCGACGUGACCUCUUUGAGCCUAUUCUGAGCAAACUUCGGGGCCUCAAAGCUGUGCUGGAGCGGCAGGCCUCCUACCGCUUCUACUCCAGUUCUUUGCUUGUCAUCUAUGAUGGCAAGGAGUGCCGAUCUGAGCUGCGUCUCAAGCACCUGGACACGGGGCUCCCUGAAGUGGCGCCACCCUGUGGCCCCAGUACCAGCCCCAGCAGCCUCAACACCGAGGCAGGCCCCUCCACUCCACCCAAGGUGGAUGUCCGAAUGAUUGACUUUGCACAUAGCACAUUCAAGGGCUUCCGAGAUGACCCCACUGUGCAUGAUGGUCCGGACAGAGGCUAUGUGUUUGGCUUGGAGAAUCUUAUCAGCAUCAUGGAACAGAUGCGGGACGAGAACCAGUAGGCCCAGUUCUGGGCCCCCCAGGACCCCUUCCUCUCCACCCGCAGGCAGGGACCAUUGCUCUGAACUUGCUGUGAGGACACACAGACUUGCUUUUAAAGGGUUAUAUUUCUCUUUGGUGUAAACUAAAAGAAAUGUUUUUAGCUGUAGCCUGGAAUCCAUAUAUAUAAAGUGAAGGAGGGCAGAACAUGUGUCCUCUUGGCCAGGCUCCUUAGCUCUGUGGCUGUGACUGCUGUGUCCAAGUUGACUUAGGAAGGAAGAGGUGCCCCUGGUGGGCUUGGCAGCAGAGACAAGAAGCCCUUGGACUUUGGUUUCUCUUGCCUAGGUCUUUAGGGUCUGUGGCUAUACAGCCCUGCUGUUUGUGGGGUGAAGCCCUGGGCUGGUGCAGGGCUCCUCCAGGCCCACUCAUCUUUUGUUCCCCGCAAAUAAGAGGGGUUUGGGUACCCAUCUCUUGGGAGCUUUUCAAUUUUGUGCUGUGGGUGUCAGCCAGCUCUUGAACAGAUGCCCUUGUUAUCAGAAAGCUGACUGCACACAGCUGGACCCAUGUUUCUUGGGUCUGAUUUUGGCAUGGGGCAAGAUUCAUGAAGCUGAGCUUAAAGCCAGUUUAUGGCAGAGGGCAGGCCUGGUUUCUCCAUGGACCUGGCACAUGAACCUGCUUCUCUGCUGAAAACCCCAGCUAGCCUUUCUCAACAAGAUCCUCUUGCCUGAGGAGGCCAACCCCUUCUGUUCCACUGAAGAGCACAGCUCUGUUUGCUGAGGAGAGUGUGUUCUGGUAGGUCUUGGGGCCUGUAGGGGCCCUGGCCCAAACAGUAUUUGCAAUUCUUGUGCUGUGGGUGGGAGUCUUCCUCUUCUAGUUUGGGCAGCUGUGCUGCCUCUGGGUGGGCUGCUCCUCCCAGAACUCAAGGGCUGUGGUCUGCUCAGGGUCUCUCACUUCCCCAGGCCAAGCUUCAAGGCAGCAGCCCAUUGUGAGGCGCUUUAGACCCUGGGCCUGGAGAGAGAAUUCUAUGCUUGUCUGCUCUUAGGGACAUUGGGCCCUGGGUGCAGGUGCCCAGAUUCUGCUAUUGAAAGCUUUGUCUGAAUAAUCCUGGGGUCCGUCCAUUUGUCCAUUUGUUCACCUGACAGCCCCUGUGUUGUGGGGAGCCUUCCCCUGGGGUGUUGCCUUGUUUGUUAGUAUACAUUGAUUUCCUUCAUAUUUUUCCUCAGCAAAAUAGUCUCUUUUUCAUUUCUGAAGUGAGCUUUUGCCCUUUGCCCUUCCUCAGCAGGUGCUGCCUUUUUUAAGACCUGGUAGCCGAAUGAAUUUUAGGGUUGUUUCCCUGCUGGCCUAGUACCCUUCCUAUGGGCCUGGAGUGUAGCUUUCAACACUGACAGGGGGCUCAAGAGGUAACCCUUUCCCAUAGUUUUAAUCAUUCCUGCUGCCACCCCUUAACGGCAUGUAGUCUUGCUGCCUCUAACACAAGGUGGCCAGAAGAUGAUACCACACUCAGCCAUUGCCAGGGUUAGCACCCCCCUUUCCUAUAAGCUUAGGACCACUGUCAUUAUCUCUUUUCACAUGUCCCUGUUUGGGCAUUAAAGGUAAGCCUGCCAGCCUGUGUCUUUGAGAAGCCUUGGUGACUGAUGACCUGAUUCUUGGUCCUUAGAGAUGUAGCCUCUGAAACAGGGUCCUUGAUGGAUCCCCCCUCUUUAAGCCCUCCAACCCUGGUACCAGUGGUGGGCAGGUUCCCAUUCCUUGGGGCUGGGAGGCACAGCUUUGCCUGUUUCUGGUAACAACCACCUUCUCUCCUGACCAUUCUGUGGUUUUUAGUCAUAGGGACCGGUUAUUGUUAGUGUAGCUGAUCUUCCCUGGCAGUGAGAAGAAUGAGGAAGGGUUUGGAUCCACUGGAGACUGCCUGGGGAUGUGCUGUGCCUCCCCAUUUUCAAGAUGCUGGGAGCAGAUGCUGCCCUGUUUUGCCACUACUCACAGCAAGGGAGGCUGUACUCAUUUAAUCUGUUUUCCUGGCACUAGAAAGAGUGGAAGGGCUGGGAUUUGCUGCUUCUCCCCCAGGGCAGGACCCUUCUUAUCAGCACUUUUGGUACCUGGAAAUCCAACCAUUAUUUGAUAGGUGGUGGCAAGUGUGUGCACGCACAUUUUCUACCACUGCUUUCUCCCUGGCCCAGGCUAGAGAGUCCUAUUCCUGCCAGGUCCUACCUUCCCACCCCAAAUCAGGACCAAAGUGCAACUGGGGAUCAUGGGUUGGGGUGUUCUGCUCACCCCUCUCUAUAGUAUUUACCUGGGCUGGGCCAACACCAGACCCCGCCUCCAGGGUUGGGGUGGGAUGGGACUGGCGGUGCUUAAAAAGGAAGGGGACCAGCGUAGCAACUUGCCAGGAACCCACCCCUUUUUCUGGGCCUGUGCAAUGGGUAUGGGGAUUCCCACAAAGGGCCAGAGGCCUGGGCUAGUUUAGUAGCUGCUCCUCACGCGCUCACCUGGUCAUGUGCACAUUCCCUAGAUGCAGAUUGCUUUUAACUUUGCAGCUGUACAAUUUGGUUAUGUUUGUGCGGAUUUAAAUAUUUUAAGAGGAAGAAAAUGGACACCCCCGGGAAGGACCUGGUUCCUUUCCUCCUCGGGGAACAUGUAAGACCUCGCAUUCUGGGAAUCGCUCUCUGCUUCUCUUUUUCCUGGAAGCUAAGCCUGUCCACACCACCCGAGGCCUGAGCCCGGAUACUCCACGUGGCUCUGGCCCAGACUCGCACAAUUGCAUUUCCUGGGACCUUGCGUGUAAGUGAGGGGUGUCUGGGCCAAGCCCGCCCCUUUCUCUACACCCAGUGUUGCCCACCCCGCUUGUGUCUAAGGUCGUGUAUGUCAAAAUAAAGCCGCUAAAAACUGUAA